AUGGUCGGUGACCCCUUGAACACCACGCAAGGAGAUCAUCAAGGCGUUAUCCGUACGCGGGAUGUGCGUCAUGGUGUAGCAGCGAAUGCAACGUGCGAAAUGAGAACAAACGACCCCUUCCUGUCCCCGGAAGCCGCCUCCCUCGAUGUGGUGUACAUACACCAGAACGUCAACCGGGCCCUCUGGGUGCGUGGGAAUACGGCUACCGGUCCGGUGCUAACUUCUGCCUUCCUGGCAUUCCUCCCCGGGGAUGCAGUUUUCCCCGCUGCUGCCUCCAGCGAGCACCUGCAAACUCCAGUUUCUCCCGAAGGCUCCCAUGGAGGUGGCUCCCAGUCGCCAUCCGCCGGCUACUUUGACGUAUUCGAACCUCUGGCAAGUCUGCGUCAGGCGGUACCCCCAAGGGGGUCCUGGGCAGUGGAGUCCACGAGUUCAUGGGGCCCCAAGAUGCAUGUUGCUGCGCAGACGGAGGUGGGUGGCGUAAAGCUGCCCUCUGUGGUCGGCGUGUACAGAGACACUCGGCUGUACCGACACGGCGAUUUCCCAGGGUGCGACGCGGGAGCCAACGAUCACUGCCUCCUCGCACUCGUGCGACUGCCGCUUGCUGCUUGCAAUGGAUCCCACAUUCAUGGCGGCGUGCCUGCCGAGAGAACCUUGUCGCCGAUUUCGUGGACCUGCACGGGCUUGGUUGAGACAAGGCGCUCUGCAGAUUUCCCGAGAGAAGCGAGGGAAGCAACCGACCUGAACGCGCCAGCAUGCAUCCGAGUGGUUACUGGGACCUCUCUGGCGGCCAUAAGUGGCUACGCCGCGGAGGCGCUGAAGAGGCCCUUCCUUCGUUCUGUGGGUUCUGCGGGAGCUCUCUUGCAGUUCUGUGGGGCCCCUCUGCCUCAAUUGAUAUCGGUGGACGUGAUUGCCGGCAGAGUCUUCUUCGUGCAGCGCUCGAGCGUGCCGACGGCUGCGCGGCGACUGUCAGACGCCGACUCGGGGGAAGGUUUGAAUGUGGACUUUCCAGGGGUCUCUGCGGCGGCAAGCGAAGAGAAAUCGACGGGAGACGGCACCUCGGAGGGUGGCGUUCCGCGAGGAAUAGGUGGCGAGACACCUGGGAAUCGUAGCGACGAUGCCUCCCUCUCCCCGGAGGCGCUCGAUACUGCAGGACGGCGUCUGAGCAGGGCAGCAGAAGGCGAAGGCCUUGCCUCUUUAUGCGUUGCAUACGCGUAUCUGGAUGGAUUCUACGAUGACGUCUCUCAGUGCCUCCCUGUGGUUACGGAGUCUGAGGGGAGCGACGCGUUAGGCGAUCCGGUGUACCUCCAGGUAGAUCCCUUCGCUGCAGGUGACGACGAACCGUAUAAAAAUCGCAUAGACGUGAUAGAUGUCUCCACAGGGUUUCACGAGAGGAUAGACAUGCCUUCCUCGUAG